GUUUGCGAAACCUGCAACAGCGAAGAGACUUUGACACUAAUGACAGAUGAAAGCGUGUGUGCAGCAGUGCGUUGCCUUGUGUUUGUGUAAUUUACAAUAUAAUAACGGCACGCGAUUGGUUCAGAGUGACAAUCUAUUUGAAUUGCGCUCAAAUUUCAUUGGUUCCUGUGGACAACUGGGAAAAUUUUCCACGUGGAACCGAGAUAGACGGUGAUUUUAUUUACUUCAGGUUUCAGAACCUAACACCAAUUUUGACUGCCCUUUCGCAAGUCUAUUAUCAAAGUUUUGUUUCAUUUCACUAAAACAAACAUUAGAGAUCUCAAGGCUUGAACGAAAAUGAAAUUUUCGUCGUAAAUGAAGCAUCUCUGGUCACAAUCGGUGUGCCACGAUUGGUCAGAGAACACUUACUUUAGAGGGUUCGCUUUCCAGUCUUCUAUACUGGAAUAGAUAGAUAUUCAGUUUGUGGAAAUUGAGCAACAGCUAUGGGCGUAUUAUAUUCCAAUUUAAACCAAAUUAGAAACCGCAGGAAUAAAUUUUUACAAGGUUCACUGAAGGGUAAACGACAAAUCAAGGUCUACAAGGGUUUGUUUUGACUUAAAGCUAGUUUACUGGUUUGAAUUUCAGGUUUUUCCUUUCGGUGACUUUUUGAUCGGGGUUGUUUUUCCCUGAAAUAGCAUAAGUAUCUAUAUCCUUCUAAGGUUACCGGAGUUACUCUCGUCACAUCGACGCAUGUAUUGUUUCGAUUUGAAAGCCGCAUUCUCCAAGUUAUAAUAUUGUUUUUGAACAAUGCAGCUCAGUCAUCCCUGUAUCAAGACUGGAAUAAAGAAUCUCCGAGCUGUCAAACGCUGAAUAAAUACUAGCUUGUCAAAUUAAGCGAUGGGAAAAAAAUUAUAGGAAAUAAUGUCGUUUUGGUUUCCUGAUCACACAUUUAGUUCCCUUUUUGCCUUUAUGAUUUGAAGAUAAAACAGCCUAUUUGGUUCUGAUAUUCGGUCGGACGAGACCUAUUCCAAUAGAAUAUACAAAUCCCGCAGGCUAUGUCCUUGCUAGCGUCACUUAGAAACCGCCUACGCACGUUCGAGCCUCUUUAAACUUGCUAUGCAUUUAACUUGGGUCACUUAAAAAUAUAGUUCAAAGUUCUCAAAUCUCGGCCACAAAAAAAUCUAAGAGCUUAUUUUCCCUUCGUAAAUACAAUAUAGGGUACUUUGAUUCUAAGCUCGUUGAGAUCUUUUUUUCACUUUCUAAUUCCAAGCGACCAAAAGUUGUAUGAACAAUGGCAAUUAAAAUUUCACUUGUUACUAGCUAAUAAAGCGACCUAUUAUCAAAAAACCGAGGUUCUUUUAGCUUUUCCAGUAUAAGAUUCAAUUUCUGGUACUUAUAUGCGACUUUUGUAAAGGUCUAAAAGGACUUAAAAAGAGAAUUGCUUUCCGCGAAAAAUUGCUGCGAAGAAGUGUUAAUUGUUCACCUGAAAUCCGUUGGAAUACAUUUCACCUGUCAGUUGACUAAAUGAGUCGGUAAAAAAAUCCGGAGAAAAAUAUUCCAGAAUAAAAUAGAUAAGUUUAGCCUAUUACUAUCGCUUAAAAUAGAAAAUUGCACCAAGAUCUGUAGGAAAAGAUUUGAAUUUCGAAUCAACUGCUCAGUUUUCAUUCAACCAGUUGGUUUCAGUCGGAGACGGUAGGUACCAGAAGGAGCGAAAACAAAACACUAGGUUGCAAUUUACAUCUCAUUGAACGCCGUGACUUGUAAAUGGCAGCGAAUGUUUGUUCUGAAAAGGUGGCUAGAUCACGGUAAAAAAAAAAUCAGGGAGACUAAAUUAUAAUUUUAAUUUUCCGUCUCAGUUUCGGCGUGUGAACUUAAAUUCUCGGUGGCUAGGAGAACGCUGAGGUUGAGUAUUGUGUCUUGAGUUCGAAAUUUACUCAGUUGUGUUUGCGGUAGACAAAGACAAUCUAAACUACUUUAUGAAGAAAGCAAUUGGCCUGAUAACGUUAAGAGCAUUUUUGUGGGCGGAUAAAGGCGGAAAUUGGUUGGUAAAUUUCGAGCCUUGAGUUUGACACUUUACCCGGUCAUAAGCUUCUUUCUCUGAAGCAAAAAAAAAAAAAAAAAAAAUUUGACAGGAGAAACUGAGCCUGCAGUAACUGUUUUGAUACAGCGGCAAAAAUAAAAUUGUAUGCGUUUAAACCAUGACGCAGCAACAAAUAUGGCGGCAAAGUCUGAAAAACCAUGUGGGUUGACACUAGAUUUACGACCAAUUUCUCCAAAUGAAGACAGCUCAGGAAGCUGUGAAAGUAUUAACGAAGCGCCACCCCAGACCCCCAGUUCUCCCUCGAAAGCCAAACCCGAUAAUGUUGUGUUCCGUCAGUCAAACAGGACGAUCUAUACCGCAGGCCGCCCUCCAUGGUACAAUCUCCAAGGACAGCUUAAAGAACCAUUUGUCAUAGGUUUGUGUGGUGGAAGUGCUUCAGGAAAAACUACUGUUGCCAACAAGAUCAUCGAACAACUUGGAGUUCCAUGGGUCAGCAUGCUCUCACUUGAUUCCUUCUACAAGGUACUGACUCCAGAACAACAUAAAGCAGCACUUAGAAAUGAGUACAACUUUGAUCAUCCAGAUUCUUUUGAUGCUGACCUAGCUGCAAGUGUCUUGAAAAAGUUAAAAGAAGGAAAGAGUGUUCAGGUGCCCAUUUAUGACUUCAAAACUCAUGGUAGACUGGAACAGAUGACUAAUUUAUAUGGUGCAAAUGUCAUUAUCUUUGAAGGAAUCAUGGCGUUUGCGUACAAAGAGUUGCGAGAUUUGAUGGAUAUGAAGGUUUUUGUUGAUGCUGAUCCUGAUGUUCGCUUGGCAAGACGACUGAAAAGAGACAUCUCUGAACGAGAGAGGGACCUUGUUGGUGUCUUGCAGCAGUACAACACUUUUGUGAAACCUGCUUUUGAUCAGCACAUAGCACCAACUGUUGUGUUUGCUGACAUUGUUGUCCCAAGAGGUGGUGAAAAUAAUGUUGCUAUUGAUCUGAUUGUGCGCCAUGUCAGAACACAGCUGGAACAGAGAGGAUUUAAUUUCAGAGCACAGCUUCGGUCGUUUCAUCAAGGACAGCCACUUCCCAGUUCACUUAGUAUUUUAGAAAGUACACCACAAGUCAGAGGAUUACAUGCAAUUAUUAGGAAUGAAGAGGCUAGUCGAGAUGACUUUAUCUUUUAUUCCAAGAGACUGAUGAGAAUUCUCAUUGAACAUGCACUUUCACUUCUACCUUUCAAAAAGCAUGUUGUAACAACAAUGGAAGGCAAAAUUUAUGAAGGAAGAAAAUUUGCAGGCAAAAGGCUGUGUGGUGUAUCAAUACUGAGGGCAGGUGAAACAAUGGAACCAGCCUUAGAAUCUCUGUGUAAAGAUGUCAGAAUAGGAAAGAUUCUCAUUCAAACGAAUGAAAUGACAUCAGAACCCGAGCUACAUUAUCAUCGUCUUCCAAAGGGCAUAAGUGAAGAUCAUGUGAUACUUAUGGACGCUACUGUGGCAACAGGUGCAGCAGCGCUCAUGGCCAUCCGAGUUUUAUUGGACCAUGAUGUUAAAGAGGAGAAUAUUCUGUUCUUGUCUUUGAUAACUGCUGAACCAGGUGUUCACACGAUAGCUUAUGCAUACCCAAAGGUUAAGAUAGUCACGGCAGCAGUGGACCCAGAGGUCAACGAUAAAUAUCACAUCAUACCAGGAAUAGGGAAUUUUGGCGACCGUUAUUUUGGAACUGCAAACUGACCAGAAUCUUACGGUGCCAUUGUAAAGCCCGUUCAUUUUUAUAAAAUGUUCUGUAGAGAGAAGCUUGUUCGUACAUGAACAUUUUUAAAUAACUUGUUUACUAGAGCAUUUGUAAAAACAAUUAAUGGAACCAAUAUCAUUAACAAUUAUACAAAAUAUGAAAAUUACUUAAUAUAAAAUUAUUAAAAGACGCUGAACGGGUCAACUUCGUGGAGUUUUUUUGAUCGGCACGAUUUUAUUAAGCUCUUCUAGAGCGUCGAAAUGCAGAUGCGCUCUGUUUGAAAAUCGUGCACUUUUCACGACUUGGGAUCAACGCUGACAUUGGCAAGAGUAUAUGUAAGGAUAGCUUAUUUAUUAUCUUUUUUAUUGUUAUUGUUUAUCGGGCGAUUAUAUUAAUGGAUGGGAGGUUGAAAAGAAUUUUUGUUUUUCAAACAUUUCAAUAAAGUUCGCAACGUCUUGAUUUG